AUGAAGUCGUUGAAGAAAAAUAAGUCUAAGGAUUCUUCGAAGAAAAAUAAAGUCAAGAAUGCCGGUGACAGUGUUGCUGAUAAGAGCUUAGAUGAAUCUGGAAAACCCGGCGAUUUUAUCCACUGUAAAGUGAGAUUGUUAGAUGACACUCAAGCUCCACUUGAAUUCACAAUAAAAAAAAGCGAUGAAGGCUCUAUUCUCUUUAAAAAAGUGUGCCAAACAAUUGGUGAUUUUGUUGAAUGUGACUAUUUUGGGCUGCGGUAUACUGAUAAAGGAAGCAUACGACAAUGGCUUGAACUAGACAAAAGUGUACAUAAACAACUAAAAGACUGCAAAUCUUAUGUGCUGAAUUUCCGGGUAAAGCAUUAUCCUCCAGACCCGGUCCAUGACUUAGCUCAAAACAUAUCGAGAUAUUUGAUGUACCUCCAAAUACGUCGGGAUUUAACUCAGGGACGUCUUUUGUGUCCGCCUGCUUUAGUUGGAAAACUCGGGGCAUUGGUUGCUCAAGCUGAACUCGGUGAUGCGCCACCAGAUCGAAUAGAGACAACAAACGGAGAUGUUGUAAAUCAUGCAUCUAUGUCAUAUGAAGCUCAGUUGAAUGGAACCAGCUCUACUGAAUCUACGAAUAUUUCCAGUAUUAUGAAUUAUGAUCAGUCUAUACAAGGCGAGACAACAAUGGAUUAUGCAACAUGUUGUGAUAUGUUACGCAAAUUGAAAAUAAUUUUUAAUCAAACACCAGAAGUAGAAGCACAAAUCAUGAAAGAAUAUCAAAACCUUCGUGGUCUUAAGCCAGUAGAAGCAGAAACUGAACUCUUAUUACGUGCAUCUCAACUACCAACUUACGGAAUUGAUCCAGUACCAGCUACGCCAAUGCAAAAAAUUCACUUACCUGUUUCAAAUAUAACAAUUGGAAACAGUACACCAUCACCGACAGCAACAACAGCACCAACAAAUGGUGACCAAUUCUCAGUCAACUUAAGUAGUCAGCCUGUCAAUCUACCAGAAGGAGCUACAUUUUAUUUGGGAAUUACAGGUACAGGUGUAGUAACUUUUGUUGGACGACAAAGGAGUGCAGAGUUUACAUGGGAUCAAAUUCAUCGUUUAGCUUGUGAUGGAAAGCUAUUCCUCAUAUAUCUGAAAAGAGAUGGCAGUGUUGAUACUGGAAGACGAUUGUUUCGGACAAAAUAUAUUCAGCACUCAUAUCGGUGUAAAUCGAAAGCUGCAGCAUUAGCCUUUUGGCAUUGGGCUGUUGAUCGAAAAUGCUUCUUCACUUUAAAACAAGCCAGUGAAGCAAAGAAAGUUAAACCAUCUACAAGUAUAUUCAAUCGAAGUCAUUCUUAUCGAUUUAGUGGAAGAUCUCAACAAGAACUACGUGCCAAUACUGUUUCUGUAGCUAAUCUUCCUCAGCCAUCCUUCAGUCGUGUUUCCAGUUUCCGUAAAGUCGUAGCCUUAUACCCAGACUCGAAUGGUUCUCUUGGUCGAGCUACACUACCAGGGAGACUUCGGGCGCCGAGUGAAUAUUCUGGGAAUCGUUUAGACAAGACUAAAACACUAGAUGAAGCUAGUCCGUUAAUGACAGCAUUCACAGAUAUGCCAGAAAAACGAAUUCCUGAUACUGUUGUUGAACAACCGUGUGAAGAAGAUCAACUUGAUAGUUUGAAAACAUCACCUGCUACUAAAGAGAAAAAGAUCAUUGAAAGCAGCAGCAGUCAGUCAGGUGCUGAACAGAAUUUGAUUACUCAAGCUGCUGUAGAGUCAUGGAUUGAGCCGACAAAAAUUGUUCAACAGAUGGUUGAAAUCGAAUCAAAAGAUAUUCAGUCAGGAGGACCUGGCACACUUACAGAGACACACAUGGUAAUUCGUAAACGUGUUGAAAGUUCAAUUCUCCCUUCAGCUGAUUAUACACAAGCAGUGAAUGCUUUUGAUAAAACCUUAGAUCAACAUAUUCAAAUGCCUGAACCGAAUGAAAUAAUCAAAUCUAAAGUACAAACUUAUAUGAAUUCAGCAAAUGGUGAAGCAAUUCGUUUAGGAUCAUCGUCAUCAUCACCGGAUGGGUGUAAAUUAAAAUCGAAUGGACCAAUAAAAAAUUAUCAAUCAUCAUCACCAUCAACUUCAUCAUCGACAAAACUGCACACUUAUAAACUACAAAAUGGUCAUCAACAACAGUCUAGUCAUGAUCAACAAGAAUCAAGUCUAAUGAAAAAAUGUGCUGUCGCUUUAACAGCAACCUCUGUCUUCAUUUUCAUUGGUAUCAUUGUUAUCCUUGAAACAACACCGGCUGCAUCAAAUCAAACGAAUGAGAAUUUCAUUUACAGUGCUGUUCGAUAUAAUUCACUGAUGACUAGCUUUCAAGAAUAUGUCUACACUCCACUGCGUAGAAGUAUUACAGAUGGAUUCAGUGCUGUUGUCUCUUAUAUUAAUCCAUAA